AUGGCUGCUCGAAAAACAAAUUCCGAGACGAUGGAAGCGUUGCGUCGAGAGGCAUUCAAUUUAGCCGGGAGAGCAGUUGAACAAGAUACCGAGGGGAAUCUUGAAGAAGCAAAAAGACAUUAUCAGGAAGUUGUGAGAGCGCUUUUAGAGAAGGGCGAAAGCGAGGAAAGACAGUUUAAAUUUGUGCAGGCACUUGAUUCGUAUUUGGACGCUGUCGAACCGUUACUUCAAGCAAAAAAAUAUGCUGAUGACAGCCCGGAACUAAGAACUCAGAUCAAGAAAACUCUUGACAAGGCGGAACCCCUGAAAAGAUUGGAUAAUCGAUCUUCAAAGAGGCCAAGAAAUGGCUUAACGCACACGCCAAAUUCUGGGUUAUCUCCGCUCACUGUUGCAGAGCGCAGAAUCUUGCUUGACACUUCUCGUAUUAAUGAAAAGAUCUUUCCCCCAUGGUAUGACGAUGAUGACUUGAACGAGCCGUUUUUAUUUGAUAAGCUCUUUAUAGAUUUGGACGGUCUUCUGGAACUAUCAUUGCAACAAAAAGCGCACUUUGGUUCAUGGAAACGACCUUAUCAGUUUAUGAACAAUCCAGUGAUGAUUGCAGAGAUUUCUAGUUCCAAUAUAGUACAGGAUAUUGUGACUGAUUGCUCUUUUGUUGCAUCAUUAUGUGUGAGUGCUGCGUAUGAGCGAAGACAUAACAAACAGUUAAUCACAAAGUGUAUUUAUCCACAAGAUGAACACGGAAAGCCAAUGUACAAUCCGUGUGGGAAAUACAUGAUUAAGCUUUUAUGCAAUGUCAUUGAUGAUUGGUUGCCUGUUUCGCGCGAUGGUACACUUAUGUGCACUUUCUCGACGAAUAAAGACGAGCUAUGGCCCAGCAUCGUAGAAAAAGCUUAUUUGAAAUUAAUGGGUGGUUAUGAUUUUCCUGGGUCCAAUUCGGGGAUAGAUUUAUAUGCUCUUACAGAAUGGCUUCCCGAGCAUAUUUUUAUUAAUGAGGUUUUUGACAAAGAGUCAACCUGGAAACGGUUAUUUCGCGGUCAGAAGGAUGGUAAUAUCCUAGUUAUUAUUUCUACCGGAGAAAUGGAUGAAGAAAGAGCUAAUACAGUUGGACUAGUUCCAACACAUGCAUAUGCCGUAUUGGAUAUACGGGAGAUUAAAGGCCUACGACUGUUACAAUUCAAGAACCCUUGGAGUCAUAAAAGAUGGACAGGUGAUUUUAGUCACAAAGAUAACAAUCAUUGGACACCAGAGUUAAUGCGAGCAUUGAACUACGACAGAAAAAGGGCCGCAGGAAGUGAUGAUGGUGUUUUCUGGAUAGAUUACGAUUCAGUUUGCAAGUAUUUUGACUCUAUACAUGUGAACGAGAAUCCAGGAUUAUUCGAAUAUAAAGACGUGCUACACGCGUCUUGGUCAAACACAAACAUUAUGAACACUGAUACUUUUAAUAUAGGAAAUAACCCACAAUAUUCUCUAGAAAUAGUUAACAAAAAUAAGGAAGCGUCAGCUGUAAGAUUACUUUUAACAAAGCACAUAAUGACCGUGGGUGAGAAUAAAGACCACAUUGCUUUGCAUGUAUAUAAUGACACCGAUGGAAAGAAAAUAUUCUAUCCAAAGGAUCCAAUGAUUCAAGGCCUAUACGUAAACAGUCCACACAUACUGGUGAGAUUUGACGCUCAGCCAGGUAUUUCAAAGUAUACAGUUGUGGUGGCACAACAUGAAUCGUCAGGAUUAUUUUAUUAUACCUUACGAUGCUUCUGUCAGUCACCAUUUACGUUGCAUGAUGUAGUGGACAGCUACCCGAUUGAGAAAGAGAUUAAUGGAUGUUGGACACAACAAACAGCUGGUGGUCACUCAUCAUUGAUAACGUUUCUUAAUAAUCCACAAUAUAAACUUUCUAUACGACCAUCUCCUGAACAUAUAAGAGUGAGAUUAUCACUAGAAGGGCCCUUGUCGUAUGCAAUGAAUGUAAAAUUAGUUUGGAGCCAGGGAAAAAGAGUUGCUAGCGUAGCAAACAAGGAUAUAGUCGUACAGUCCGGCGGUGAAUACCGUCCUGCAUUCUGCUAUUGCGAAAAGGAUGAUGUACAAGCUGGGGACUAUACAAUUAUUGUAUCAACCUACGAUGCUGGAUUAUGUGGGGACUUUAAGUUGACAGUUGCGUGCAAUUCGGAGUUUCAAAUCUGCGAAAUUCCUUCUGAAGGAGCUGGGAUGUUUAAGAAAGUAAUUAACGGUCAAUGGAUUAGUGGUGUAAGUGCUAUGGGACAUCAAGGGUAUCGUGAUUAUUACAGAAACCCAUGCUACCUGUUGCGUAUCAAACAGUUGACUACUGUAAAAAUUCGACUUCAAGCGCGCAACAUUACCCCAAUUCCCGCGAUGAAUAUAAAGUUAUUUGAAGCGCGAUUACCUCAGCAUGAAGAUGUCGUGAGAAUAGGCAAAGACGUCUGUAGUACUGGUGCAUACGUUGAAUUCGUUCAGGGUGUUUGUACAGACGAUGUAGUGCUACCCCCAAGAGAAGAAGGAUAUGUAAUUGUAUUUUCAACAUGGGAGCGCGGAGUGGCCGGAAAUUUUGUAGCAUAUGUUUAUAGUGAUGGGAUCAUCAGCAUAGAAGAGAUAUCACGAUAG